AUGAAAAAUUCUCUAUCUUCCAACCGUGGCGUCCUCGGCCCAAAGGCGUCUCGCAUUCAGAAAAUGAAGGGCUCUAGGCAAAACCCCAGGCAAUCGCUACGACAUCAUCACGACAGCCGGCCUUCGUCAACUACUGGCAGUUCACAUAUCCCGCCACCGGCUCCAAAGCCUGCUCUUUCGCAGCCACGGUUUUCGGAGCCUAUGUACCGACCAGAAAUGAUGCGGAACCUACCUCACCUCACCGAUGAAGAGAAGGCUAAAUACGAGAGGGGGUUGCACCAACUCUGGAACCACUACGAGACCCAUCCCGAAGAGUCUGCCCAGCAUAAGGAUGCCAAGCAGAAAAUUCGCGACUUCACAAAGAUGCUGCUGAACAAGCUUCAGAAGAAACGAAUGGAGGCAGCACAACAGCAGCAACAACAAUCUGAGCAGGCAGAUCAGUCGUCUCAGGUAGUCCCGGGGUCUCAACAAUCCCAGCAGUCACACCAGCAUCAGAAACUUCAGGAAGCGGCCAAAGAAUUUCAAGAGUCUUUGCAACAUAGAGGCACCAAAUGGUCGACUAUUUCAAGAGACUGCACAAUGGGUAUGCAUGCAAUGGAGGCUGAGCUCCUGAUACAGUUUGGAAAACGGCUACGAAGUAGCUCCAGGGAACCAUCCAUUCUCCUUCAGACGCUUACGAGCUCCUCGAAGGCCAGCUUGAGGAAAGACCAAAAGAGCCAGUUGUGA